AAGACACGAAUGGCCAAUUCCCAGAUGAAACCUGUUGCCUCUCUACUUUUGGUCUUGAAUUUCUGCAUGUACGCAAUAGUUUUGGGCAUUGGCAGUUGGGCUAUGAAUAGAGCUAUUGAUCAUGGCUUCGUCAUUGGACCCGGGUUUGACCUUCCGGCGCAUUUCUCACCCAUAUACUUCCCAAUGGGGAAUGCUGCUACUGGAUUCUUUGUGACAUUUGCUUUGAUCGCUGGAGUUGUUGGUGCUGCAUCAGCAUUAGCUGGUCUUAAUCACAUUCGUUCCUGGAAUGCCGAUAGUUUGCCAGCUGCAGCAUCAGUUGCCACUAUUGCUUGGUCUCUCACUCUUCUUGCAAUGGGCUUUGGCUGCAAAGAGAUUGAACUGCACAACAGGAAUGCCCGUCUGAGAACCAUGGAAGCAUUCCUCAUCAUCCUUGCAGCUACACAACUUCUAUACAUAGCAGCCAUUCAUACUGCUGCAACCAUCAGGAGAUCUACUUGAAACUCUAGCACAUGAUAAUACGUGUGGUGUGUCUCCAAAUUUUUUCAUUUUUAAGUUAAUUUGUUUUUUCCAUUUCGGAAACAGAAGAUGUAUUAUGGCGUGAUUUGUUUGAUUUCACUGGAUUUGUAUUAAUCAUUCAAUAAAAAAAAAAAAUGGUGUGCCAGAACAUAA